AUUUGUGCGAGUGCUGAUAAAAAUUGAGUAAUCGACUCUGUUGUUUCGAGCUCAUGCUUUUCGAAAUAUCAAGUAGCCAAGUCAGUCUGGGCCAAACGGAGUACCAAGUAACACACACAAGCCGUGUUAUUCGCUCGCGUUUCCGCGUGAUUUAAUUUAGUCCCCAUACAUAUAACAAUAUAAUCAAGAAUUGCUAGAACAAUCGUCAAUUUUAAGUCAAACAAAUUUGAAUGCCAUAAACGAAUUUUUCGUGUGUCGCACAGCGAAAAGUUGUCUAAAUUCCAUUUAAUUUUCCGCGCCGCUCGCCAUAAACUAUACAAACGGAAAUAAAGUUUUUCCUCUAAUUUUCCUUCUGAAUUAAGAAAAACAGGCAAAAACGAACCGAACGGAUAAGAAGAAGUAAACAAACGGUUGUGCAAGUUAAGAAUGGAAGUAAUUAACAAAUUAUUUUUCAAUUUCAUCGCAGCUGUUGAUUUUAAAAUGCAAAUGUGAUUGUGACUGAAUGAAGGGCAAAUGAAAGGAAAUUUUUUUUUUUCAUUUUUUUUCUAGUUACGAUUUUGACGGUUUAUUAGCCAGAAAGUAGCAAAAAAAAAUGAUGAACGCAUUUUAUUGGCUCAAAUAAUAAUAAAACUUAAAUUGAAAAUCUCAUGCAAAAUUUGAAUGAAAAAAAAAAUCGAUUUGAUUUGUUGGAAUUUCUCUGACUGCCUCAGCAAAAUAAUAACAGUAAAAAUGAGUGUUUGUGGUGAAAUAAAAAAAAACAAGCAGUGUAUUUGCGCAUUUUCCGAGUGGAUUCCUUUUGUAACUGAAGUUCUGUAAUAGGAUUUUUAUAGCAACAGGCAUUUUGCGAACCACAUAAUUUCCGUAUGGAAAUAAUGCGUGGUGAAAGAAAGAGUGCAAUAAAAUCCUCUUUUCACGCUAAAUAUCAAUAAUCGGUUUGAAGCUUGAUUGCACGUUCAGUAUAGACGAGGGCAAAAAUUUUGUGCAUGAAUUCAGUCGUUUGGAAUCGUUGGUUCGAAACUAUGGCAUAAUCGAGUGUGUAUGUGUUUCAUAUCAGCUGUCAAGUGUUUAUGCAUGUGUUGUUGAAUUCACUCAACGGAGAGGAAAAAAAGAACACAACAGAGUGUAUAAAUUUAAAUGAACUGUGAAAUGUGUUUGAUAAAGGGCAAAGUGUGCUAAUAUGCACUUAUAAUGACAAAAGUUGUAUAAAAACGAGUGUGUAGACAAAGUCAACGGUAAUACAUCAACCGUUCAAGUGGUUGCCCAUCGACAAAAAUGACGUGAACAUCGAUCCAAAUUUAAGCACACAACAGAAAAUCAAUCACUUCAGAUAAAGAAAAUCUUCGAAUAGAGAAAGACGAAACAUUUGGAGAAAAACAAAUCGACUGAUUCACAUCGACAGCCAAACACGAAAAAUCAAGCAAAAUGGAUACAAAUUGGAUACAAUACAUUUUAGUGCUAGUAACUGUUUUCCAUUCCAUUCAUGGAUACUCAGAUAUCGAGGCACGUCUGGUAGUAGCUAGGAAAUAUAUUGAUAAGGGAUCCAGCGUAAUGUUUCAUUGCGAGCACAACGUUGAUCCAAAAAUCCUGUACAAGGUGACGUUUCUGAAAGAAAAUAACGGGAAAUUUUUCCAAUACAUCAAAAAUCGAAAUCCACCCUAUAGAAAUUUUUCAAUACCAGGCGCCGAAAUUGAUUUGAAAAAUUCCAAUGAAGACAAGGUUCAUCUGGAGAAAAUUGAUUUCGAUGCGGCUGGCAGAUACUACUGUGAGGUGUCAACCGAAACGCCCAUCUACACAAAGGAAUCAAAUAUUGAGCAAGUGCAUGUCAUUGUUCAACAGACCGGCCCACCGAAAAUUACAUUUAGCAAACGUCAAUUUACGAUUGGCGAAAAUUUAGUAUCUAAUUGCACAACGUCGAAAGCACAUCCUGCGCCGCACAUAACUUGGCUAAUUAAUGGAAAACAGGUUGACGAUAAAUAUAUAAGAACUAUUCAUUUGCAUUCGUCGGGUGGAUCGGGCAGCGGAAGUAGCAGUGGUGGUGGUACAGCCGGCGGUGGAAAAAAUUCACAUCGAGCAAAAACACUGACAAACAGCCAAUCUCGUGAUAGACAUGAUUCAAAUGGUUCAUCGCGUGCUCGUACACUUGCAUCACAGUUUUCGCAGUCGUCUGGCCGUCAAGAGCCUUUAGCCGCUAAUGGCAAUCACUUGGGAUUUGAAAUACAUCAAAAUUCCGGUUACAACAACAACAACAGAAACAACAAUCAUCGAAAUAAUGGAUUUUCUGCGGCGGAUGUCGAAAGCGGCUACAAUGGCUACAGCUACAGUAACAGCAACAGUAACGUAGAUACUUCCGAUUAUUUUGAUGAUAAGUACUUCGAAACGAGAAAAUAUCGAAAUCCACAUCGUUCACCACAUCGCAAGCUACGACGGCACACCAACGACCUAACGGGCUCGCUAAAGCCGGCCAACAACAGUCGACAUCGUUUAGUGGCAACGAGUAGUCAAUUAAGCAUCGAGGUAUCUGAACUACACGCUCUGAAUGGUCGCCUUGAAAUCAGCUGUUUAGCAACGAUUCCGGCUCGCAUUAAAUCCAACGGCGAACAAUAUGCGGACUAUAAAACGUACUCCGUGAAAGUUGAUAUCGAUACAGUGGAAACGACAACCCAAUUGCCGGCGAUAAGUGACAUGGCGGCCCUUGGAAAUGCAUCGAAUCGAGCCGAUAUUGAUAGGCUUCGUGUUGCAGCAACUACACUAAAUUUUCCAAUUCUACUUAUAGUUUUGCUAAAUUUUCUACGUUCCUUCUCCAUGCCAUAAUCAGCGGAAUGAAAACAAACGAGAGUUAACGAGAGAGCUGAAUGUUUUUGGGCCAAAGAGGAAAUUGUUUAGCUUUCAGUCGGGCGGGGCACAUCAAAUCGAGAAUUUGGGAAUCAAAUUAGACUGAUUUUCAACGCUUGGAAAUGAGUGAAAUAAGGAAAUGUUAGUGAGUAGAGUAAACAAUAUUUUUUUAAUAAAAAAAAAAACAACAACAGAAUAUAAAACAGUAAACAGUUUGUAAAUGCUUGUGGUUUUGUGGUAGAGCCAUCAUAAAUUCAGUUUAACUUUAUUUUUUGCAACGAUUGGUUAAAAUAGUUGAUUCAAUCAAAUAAACGAAAAAUCUCUUGAUAUUGCUCUAAUUUUUGUGGGGCAAUUCAUUGAAUAUAUAUAAACUGCAAGUUAUGACGAAACCUCCGAACAAAUCUAUUUGUUUUUGGGGGAAAAAUCUAAUUGAAAUUAAGAGAAAAACUCAAGAACAAAAAUUUAAGAGAUGAAUAAAAUAAGAAGCAAAUAAGAAAUGCAUAGAAAACUCGUUUGCAAACAAAAACAAAUAAAUGUCUGUCAAUGUAAACAAAGGAGAAAAAAAAAACUAUCGACACAUAAAUAAUAGUCAGCAAAUGUUGUGUUGCGACAAAAAAAAAUUGUGCUUGCAGAAUUUAUGGAUUGUGCCUGAUUUCCGAAGAACUCGUAGUUAGACAUGAUUGAAUACACACAAAAACAGAGUCAGUAAGUAUGAUGAAAACUAAAACCAUGUACACUUCUUCGUGAAAUUGAUGUUAAAACGGCGCUAAACAAUAACAAAACCAAGGAUAUUAUAUAUAUAUAUGUGUGGCUAUUAUUUGUGUGUAAUCUGUGUGUAUAUGCUCCAGUAAAGAAAUGUGCUUGAAGAAGAAGAGAAUAAAAGCAACAACGGGCACAUAUAUGAAAAAUGUCUAAAGUUAAGUCGUUGUAAAUAAUGUACAUUUGAAUUUUUAAUAAUGUUUAAGAGUAACAAAGAAUACAAAAAAAUAUAUAUAUAGCAUAAUGACAUGGAGAGAAUAGUAAAUACAAAAGAGAGAAAAGUUUGCAGCAGUUAUUGUUUUUGAUUUUUCGAAAUGUAUGAUGCUAACCCAUGGAAACAAUCUUAUACACUCCACCCAGGGAGUUAAAAUCGCGUAAAUCUGGCAGUAGAGCGAGAGUGAGCGCAAAAAAAAGAAGGUUAACGCUGCGCUCGUUUCAGGUUGCAUGCAAUAAUUUUUCGGUUAGAAUUGAUUGAUAGUUCGCGAAAGACAUUUUACUAUGACGUUGAAGAGAAGAAUAAAAUAGAGAGAAAAAUUACAACGUAAUUUGACCUGAUCCAGGUACAAAAAUAGCUGAUCCAAAACUAUAAAAAGAAUGCACAGCAUUCAGCAGCUGCAGCGGAUAUGGAUGAGCAUGUAGAGCAACAGAAAUAAUUGUAGGUUGAUGUGUAACAGAUCCCGUAUGUAUAUGAGCUUGUGCACUAAACGAGACUCACAGUGAGAAAGAGAGCGCAGUGUACCGUUCGUUUUGCACUACACUCGUUACAUUCAUAUUUCUUUCCGCGAACAGAACGAGAGUGAGUUUUUUUUAUACAUAUUUCCCUUUUUUCCCUUGCUGCCCUAAUUUGCAUUCACACACAGGUCGUGAUCAUUUUCCCAUCGUGUUUGAAGUUUCAUGUUUGUUCACAUCUCGGCAAGUUCGCGAUGGCUCUAUUUUUGUUUCGGUUAAAUGUGUUGCUGCUGAAAAGGUCAUGUGUUUGGAAACAUUGGAACGGGAUGGCAUCGAAUGGGAGCUGUAGCCAAAGAGAAUAGGAGCGAUUGAGCUCGGAUUGUUCGAGGUCACGCUAAUGUAUUUCUAACAAACAACGGAGCGGACGAGUGAGCGAGCGAGCGACUGAAAAAAUAACAAAGAAAGAAAGCAGGUUAUAUUAAAAAUGCAACAGCACACUUUGAAACCCAAGCAUUCUCUCGCGAAUUAUAUACGGGAAUGACGACAGCAUGACAAAAUACGGCGUCAGCUUCCGUUCGUCGAAGUAAAACGAUUGCGACGACGACGAUAACGGUGGCGGCAACUAUUUACGCCGUACGUUGUGGAACUUUUUCUCCCCCGUUUCACCACUGUAAAUGUAGUGAAAAUGAAUACCAAAGAGUGUGUGUGAGAGAGAGAGAGAAGAGAGAAAGCAAAAUAAAAGAAAACCACCUCAAAUAUUUAUGAAAUCGUACGGUAUGUGUUUUCAUUUUUAGCUUUCGUCGCGUUUCCAACAACCGAACGAGGAGCACAGCACCACAAUGAAUUCGACGUUCAAAAUGUGGCUUCAAAUCGUUUAGAAUAUAUUCCCAAAUAAUUUGAAUGGAUUAUUUAUGUGGCAAUUGGAACAAAAAAAUGGCGAAUGCUUUUCGACACAAGCACACAUACACACAAGCAAUGCCUAGUGGUGGAAGUGAAUGCACGCCUAUGCACAGCAUGAGCCAUGUGCUGAAACACACAAUGAAAAUUUUAUGGAGUGUAAUGUGAUCGCAAUGAUUUGAAAUCUAAUGCCUGUUUCACUGUGGCAUUCCCCAAUUUUCCGACUCCAUAAACGCUCUCAUAAUUACAUGCUGACAACGAGAUGUAUUUGAUACGGUGUGGCUUUGUGCUGGACGACACGUGAUACGAGGACAAUCGGGACGAUGAGAUACAGCGAGCAAUCAGGAUACGAAGUGGCGCAUCAGAGGUAAAAAUGCGCAUAAAUUAUUGACAAAAAUAGUGAUUCAACCAGCCUGAAAAUGGGAUUGUUCGUGCGUACUCAUUAAAAUGAAAAGGCUGGCUUUAUAUUCAUGUGGCCCACGGCUUACUCUCUAUUUCAUUCUCUCGCCAUCCCCUCUCUCACUCUGUCUCACGCUCAACUGAAUCACCAAUAAAAUAUAUUUUUCGUCGAUUUGCUCGCUUCGGCAAAUUUUGUGUAACAUUGUCAUGAGCUUGCUACAAAAUGGAAAUUGCACACAAACACUCAACUGUAAACAAAACAAUUGAAAUAUUGUGCAAAACAACAACAGCACCAGCAACAACACACACACACACACGCUCACAAAUCCUGGCUGAGUUGUCGUGAGUUUGCCGAGCUAUUCAUGUUUCUAUUGAGCACUUAAAGUGCAUCGGAUUCGUUUGCAAACAACAUCAUCAGCAUAUGUGUACUUUCGGCAGGAACAGCAAUUGUUCCACAGAGCUGGAAUAUGAAAAGCACCAAAAAAUGUAAACAAUAUGUUUUUGAGCCAAAAGAGCUACCUUUUGCUCUUCCGUCAUCAUCGUCACCGUAGCCCACUUUUUGUGUGCUACGUGAAUUGUGUGUGUUAUUUUUCUGGAAAUGUGUGCGAUCGCAUCGAAUUCGAAAUGCACGAAACAAAACAGAUUUAGUCGUUUUGCAGCAACAAUCGGAAUUGCUAAUUCAACACUCGAAAUGUUCGCUCGUUCGCUCGUUCGCUCGCUCUCCGUGACGGCAACAAGCUUUCGGCUUUUAACAUAUUUGCGAGACAUGAAUGUGUGCACGCUCAACACAUUGUCGAUGGAUAUGCAAACACAGAAUCUUCUUUGCAUUAAUAAUAAUAUACUAUUAUUGAGUUACACCUCGCUCUCUGUUCUUUCAUUUCUUUCAUUCCACACACACACAACACAUUCUGCCACCGGUUUGUCUGUUGUUGUCCUCCCUUUGUAGUAGCAACAGCGAUGGCAGAGAAAAACUUUUGCAUUAUGUUUGCUCUGUGUAAAACAUGAAUUAUGCAUGUAAACCGAGUAGUUUUUGAACUUUAUGCCCAAUGCUUUUGCACUGCGCAUUUUUUUCUUCGUCUUCAGCGUGUACAUUAUCCAGAUCUUGGUGUUUGGUUUGGUACGAUUUAAGCCACUGUACGCGAAGGCGGUGGUAAUAUUUGGAUUUUCAUCUACAAUUUUUCACUCCAUUUUUUAUGAGCCACAAGUAUAGAUGUUGAGAAUUUGCCGAGCGCGCGAAUGAUACUCGAAAAUGGUCACUUUGAACAAGCGCCACUAUUUCGCAUAAAUCAUGGCCGCUCUCGAGAAAAAAAUCACUUCAUUCUUGCUCUGCCGAAACCAACAUGCAACCAUUCAAAAAUUAACUGUGUCAAUUUCGAACAAGUUUUGUGUCAAGUGCGAUAAUGAAUUCAAACUUCGGGUUUUUAUCGAAUUUAUAAACAGUUGCCGAAAAAUUGUGUUCCGCCCUCGAAAAAUCAUUAUCUUUCCAUUAGCAUAAGUUGAACGGCAGACGAUAAAAAGCAUCUAACAAUUUUUAAAUAGCAAGGGUACGGGACUGGUUGGUUGGUUGGUCGGUUGAUAGCCACUGGUACGACAAAGUCCAAAUGAAAUUAUGUCGAGAUGGAGCGACAGCACAAAAAUGAAUACAGUGUCUAUUUAAUAUGAAUAAAUUUUUCGGCCUGAACGGAAACUGAAAAUAUAUCACACAAUAGCAUCUGGCAACCUAGUUCGGUGUAUUACAUUUAUGCUCAUUAUCAAGAUAUAUUCAAUUUUUGGGAAAACUUUGAACACGAAUGAAAUAUACGUUGGGCUAAUAUUACUGGCCCUCUAACUUCGCUCAACGAGAUAAAAAAUAUUCCGCAGUUAACAAUGAACUAGAGAGACCAGUUGUAGAAUGUUUUCUCCCGCUUUUUAUUCUCUUCAUCUCUUCCUCUCAAAGGAGAAGAAGAUGAGCGCACAUCGCCCAAACUAAUUUUGGGAAUUGAAUGCAACGCAACAAUGGCACUCUCACUUGUGUAGCACCCAAAUUGGAAAAUCCAACAUUUGAAUUUCAAAGUAGCAUAUGGAAGAUGAUAAAAAAUCUCGGCUUUUGUGUGCAAUUGCUGUUAUCAAGUUGGAAAAAAUAAACGGUGGCGAUAGCAAAAGGGUAACUUUCUCUAGUUAUUGACUCUUUUCGAUCUUUCACUCCAUUCAGCAAAACAGAAAAAAAAAACUCAAAUCGCAAAAUAUUUUCUUUUCUUUUGAUUGAGAUACAAACGAACCCAUCAUGUGCGAACCCUUUUUUUACUAUCGCAAGUUAGGCCAGAAUGUUUUUGACAUUGUGCAAUUUUUUACGAGCUUCGGAUCACAAUAACGAUGAUACAGCUAGCAAAAAAAAUUUAUUAUGAAAAUAUGCUGGACAUCAACGUAAAAUUUCCAUUGACAUUUUCCAUUGUUUGUUUGCAAAUACAUUAAAUACAAAAGAAAAACAUUAACCAGCGAAGGAACAAAAAAAAACUCAACCAAAUUCAUAUUCAUGACUGUUCAUGACCAUAAGCUUGGUCGGAAUAUCAUUGCAAUUGUUGUGUGCCAAAGCUGAAUGGUGGGUUCAUAAUUUUACGUCGAUCAUAAAACACAGGCUACCCUUUGAGAGCCAGAGAAAAAGGACACAAAUAUUGGCCGAAAAAAAAACAAUUUCAAUUACUUAUUGCAUGGAUGACAUAUUUCCCAGUCACUCGUGUUUUUUCCACUUCUUCAGCUUAAUUAAGCUAAUUUGUUUCUCUCUCUCUCUCUCUUUCAUUGUUGUAAUUUCGAGACUACAAGCGUCACAUAAAUAAUUAGCCUCGGUCACAUAUAUGCAACGACACUCAAUAAACGAAACGGUACACGUGUUCUAUAUUUAUGCAUUGCGUAUAACGGAAAAAAAGUAACUAUCUCUAUUAAUAUCUGCGUGUCUUUCACAGAGAUUAUUACACAUUAAGCCAGUGUGUGCACUGUACAGCCGACUCUCCGUUUACCCGCUCACUUACAGUGUGGCACUCAAUUGAUGUUAAUGUUCACAUGAUUGGGAUAUUUCCACAUUGUUUCGUUGAUUAAUUUGCCCAUAAAUAAAACGUCAAUGGCAAGAAAAAUUACUCACGUCCUGUGUAAACAUGCACGCAUAAUGGGGCGGAAAGUCAAUCCGAGUGAAAAAAAAGAAAUUAACAAACUUACCACCGAAAAUAAUGAGAAAAAAACUAUUACAGGUAUUGUUAGGUAUAAUGACGGCUUGAAUAUUAUCAAUUUUUCUAAUAGUGACGUUGUUAUUUGAACCAAUUACCAUUUUCACUGGUGAGUGAAACCAUAUCAGUGUAUAAUUAAUGUAAUGGCUUUGCUUCCGAAACAUGGAAUAGGUUUAUGACAAACCCAAUCAAUAAUCAAUAAAAACGGAAAAUCGCUGGCUUUACGUCAAAUGACAAAAAAUAAAAAAUAAAACAACAAUUUCUCAUUUUAUAAGUUCCGAUGCAGCAGCACACGAAGUAAAUAAAUCCAAUAAUAGCCGGAGAGUCGUUAUUGUGUCAGGAGAAAAAAUAGAGAGGGCAUAUAUAUUCCCAUGAGCACGGUUAUAAUAUCUCUAUGGCAAAAAUAUUAUUGCACAAUAUGUCGAAGAAAUCACGAUAGAAGGUCAAUAGUAUUGACUCAAUAAUCUAUACACACUACUUGUAUUACCGGGACGGUGAAGGUGAUAUUGGGAGAUUCACUUUCCUACACCCAAUCAACUGCCAAUCCAAGACAUUACAGAUAUACAUUUACAAAAUUGAAAAUAUUUCGUAAUUUAUUGAAGUGCAAUCGAUAAUAAUGCUCAAUAAGACGAUGUCCCAAGCGAUGUCGAUGAUUCCACCUAGAAAAUAUCGGUGUCUCUCGAUGAUAUUGGAAUUUGAGCGUCAUUUAAAGAAGAUAAGGAAAUGAAUUCACAGCUGGAUUCCGCUUGUUUGAUGAGCUUUUUUUCCUCCUUCAUUUUGUAAUUAUUUUUGAAAAGAAGGGAAAAAAUUGGCAUUUUCAUUCUGCCAGCCGAUUGGUUGUUGAAUAAUACGGAGCAUAAAGCAAUUUUUCUUCUUUAAAAAGUAAUUAUUUAACAAUUGGUAUGUGGAGGAGGCCAUUUUCUCUGGCGCAACGAUGACAGUGUUCGUUCUCUACCACACAUUGGCGUUGGCGCUACAAAGCAAAGACUUGAACUAUUUUCCGCAUAAAAGCGAUGAUGGUGGUUCUUUGAUUUAUGGUUUGUUUUCGCUCUUUCAUUUUGCGAACAUCUGUGAAAUUGUUUUUUUUUUUUCCUUCAAUAGCUCAUUGCUACGAAUUGGAACGUACGUUUGGUGUGCACACAAAUAUGUUCGUAACCGAAUGAGAAUGUAUUGUCAUGGGAAACGUGCGCGGAAAGGUAAAACAAAGACCAAAUUUGAACUGUGUUCAAUGUGCAAAUAGUUUCCACAUCAUUUGAAUCAUUCAACUCGCGUUGUGAUGCGCACACACAAUGAGAACAAUAAAUUAAUAGAUCACAAUUUAUGGUAUUUCAUUUGUCCUGGAUAUUGUUUUGUCAGCACAUUUUCCGAAUGAAUUCGUGUCGACGCUAUCAUUUCAAGCGGUAACUUUGAGCAACUUUUCCCAUUUUAUACUUUCAAAUUAAGAAAACACGCACAUUAUCUAAGACUUUUUCGGCAUCCAACGCUCACGAAUCGGAACUUUACACUUGUUUUAAUAUGAAUAGAUGCUAAAAAUUAAUUUUAAACUCGCGCGUUCUAUCCAUUGUGCCAUUAAGCGAAACGAAGAUGGAAAAGCAUUUGAGCUUUCAAGGUCACGCGCUUUCUCAAAAUACAUUUAGUCGAACCAUUCAAAAACGUCACAAUCAAAAGACACAACGAAAUAAGCUGCACAGCAAAGCGAUGCAUACCAGAAUAAAUCAAAUCUUCAGAAUUUCAAUUCGUUUGGACAGACGUCCAGUUGACAUAUUCCAUUUAUAGAUUGGAACCGAAAGAGUUCAAAUGUGCUUGGGGCAAAGUGAAUAGUGUGGAUCAAAACAGAAUGUUGCAAGAGAAAAUUUAUUCAAGAAUAAACAUGAAACAAAAAUGACUAAACUAGAGCUCUAAAAAUAGACGAGAGAAAACUUUUAUUUUUACCUUCAAUGGAAAUAAUGAAAGGGUGCACAUAUUUUUGACACGACAUACAAUGUAUAUCCGUUUGACGUACGAACUAAAUGAAAAAUGAAACUUGAAAAAUGAAACUGUGAAUGGAUCAAUAGAAUUAAUUGACCGUGAUCGACCUUUUGCAAUUCACACAUGUUUCAGCGUUAAAUAAGAUCGAAAAUGCACAAGUGACCUACACUGAACUGCACUCUUGCACACACAUGAUUUGUGGCAAGAGAAUGGCAGUAACAGCAGCGAAGUAGCAGUAGCAAAGAUCAAAAAGCGGUUGGGGAAUUUCACAUAACAUUGUCAUGUGAGUGAAAUUUAAAGUUUGCACUGGCCAGAAGGAUGAACACUCACCAGAGAGAGAGAGAGAGAGCGAGAGAGACACAUAAAAUGAACGACAUAGAAUUUAUGGGAUAUCAAAGCAAAAAUCCUCUCUAUAUGUUACUGUAUACCACAAAUAUUCAUACGAGAAAUUUUAUGCAACAACCGAACUGAACUUUCUGAUCUAACUAACGCAGGGCAAUCAUACUUAUGGACGAAAACAAGAAUUUCCAUGCAUUUAUUCACUCUACAUACGUGAACGAAUUUUUUGUAGCUUCUCUUUGCUUUAUUAAUGCAAAUUGAAAAUCACAUUCCAUCGAUUAGAGCGGAAUUUAAUUGAGAAAUUAUGCAUGAAAUGGAUCGGUUCGUUAAAUGUCAAUGAUUCGAUGCGAAAUGUUCUAACAUAUGUCAAUUUUAAUGUAGAGCACUCUUCGUGUGUUUGUUAUACGAGCUGUGUUAAAGCGAAUGUUUUGUUGAAAUAUUGGAAUGCAAAUACAAUACGUUUGGCUGUAGCCUGUAGGACACAAAGGCGGCCACCGUUUAUACGCACACUGCCCCAUCAAUUAUCAAAUAAUUAAUUCAUAGAUGAGAAUUUAUUUAAGGAUAUUCACGUCGAUAAAGUGAGUGUGUAGUUGAUAGGUGGAAAGCGUUGUCAUCGCUAUCGUUUGUGUACACAGAGUGAGCGUCCACGAACAAUGACUCCGCCAUGAAUUAUUUAUUAUUCAGUUAAUAUUUCCAUUUUCGUUGGAAAUCUGGCGGUAAAACUUUCAAUCAGGUAGCCGAUUACAAUAGUAAUAUCAUCAAAACAAGCAACAUUUUUUGCUGUUAUUUCCUACAAACCGUUUGAAUAUGUAUGCCCGGUUUCCAGAACAAUUCAAGCAGAUUUUUACGCUAUCAAUUCUACUAAUUAAUGCGGCAAUCGAAAAGGAAAAAAAGACGAUGAAUCUUUCCUGGAUUGGGAAGAAAGAGCGCAGCACCAUGAAUGGAAAAAGAAUGAAUUAUUGUCAAAAGCAAAUGUUGGUGUAUAUUUAUUGGCGCGUGUGUCUGCAGAAGACGUGUUAAAUGUAUACCCCGCAUAAAAAUUUACGGCCGAUUCGCGUCGUCAUCGUACACCGUCGUGUAUCGAUAGUAUUUGGGGCGUGUGGGUGUGGGUGUCUGCGUGCUUCGCUUGCGGAAGUCAGCUAGCAACGUAACAGCAGAUGAUACGAACAGGGAAAAUCAAUAAUGUCCGCUUUUAGCCAUUUCAAAAGCAGUGGCGAAGUAAAUACAAAAGGAAGGAUAUGAUUUAUUUAAUGCUUUUGUGUGUGUCACCGAAAAACUGUACAGUCGCCCAUGUAUGCUUUUAGUUUGCUUUUUAAACAUCAAGAAAUUAACUCAUAAUUUUUUUUUAUCCAGCAACAAGAGCAAUCAAAACAACAUUAGGCUCUGUCUCUCGCUUUACCUUGCCAAAUUUCGAUGCUACUCAAUUAUUUAACCGAUAUUUCAACGUGACUACAUUCUCAGUCUUCUAAAACCAAUUUCGUGUUUAAAGUUACUCUAAUCGCUACAAAUAGCACGAAAAACGAGCAAACAGCUCGACAACAUUUUGCAAGUUGCACCAAAAGCGAUUUACUCCUUGUCGACAUCAUUAAGUUUGUUUGUAUUUGUUUUUUAUCAGACAAUUUUAAAAUGACACAGAAGUACUUCUAGAACAAAUACACUCCGGGUUGAAAUUUGUAACGUAUUUUCGUUCAAGUGCGGUGCACGACCAAACCCAAAAAACAAGAAGAAAAAACAAGAAACAAACUCUAUUUUCAAUCAAUUACAAAUGAAACGGAACAACAGAAAAUCCAAUAAACUUUUUAGAGAAAGUAUAUUUUUCUAUAAAUAACCUCUAUAACAUAGACAUUCUUCAUUCUAUGUGCUAGGAAAUUCUAUUGAUAUAUAUUUUCCAUGUUAAUGUGGGUAGGCAAAUUGUUUUUUUUUUUCUAUGUAUAGGUAGGUAAAAUGUUUUCAUUAUCAUAAAAUCUAAUUAGCACAAAUAAACUUAUAGCAUACGUUUUCUCCUUUCUACACACUAUCUGUCUCCCCCUCUCUAUCUCUACCCAUCUAAUCUAUAUAUGUAUAUUUUCCCAUCAGAAGUGCGCGCACACGGUUUUUUUUAUUUACGUGUAUAAUCGUUAUGUAUUCAUAUUUAUUGGAAUUCUCUCCAGUGGAUUUAAAAAAAAAGGAAAGAAAAAUUGGAGGGAGACACGUGCAAAACUGAAGCAUAAACAAAAUAUUUAAAACACAUUUUUUUUUCUAGUCGAAUUUAGGAAUGUAUAUACAGUAGAUUAAAACAGAUUGAUGCAGCGACAAUGAAUACCGAUUUCGAAAUCGAAUGAAGUCAAACCCAUACACACACACACGAUACACACCAUAUCGUGUGCCUGCAAAAAAUAUGACUUCAUUCAUAAAAAAGGUAGUAGACAUGAUAACAAAAAAAAAAACAAACACACAAAAAAAUCUUAUAUAUUUAUUUGAUUUAAGUCAUAAUAUUGAGAUCGAAUCUCCAGGAUUCUAGCAUCAACAAUCAUUGAUGGUUUGAUUUCACAAGCGAUACUGAUUACAUGUACAAAGUAAAGUCCUUUAAAGACAAAAAAACAAACAGACAAACGAAUUGUUUUUAUUCUCAACUCUUACAAUCUUGACACGCAAAUAGAAAGCGUGUCGAUAUAUUUGCUUUACGUUGACCAACAUUUUUCGCUUUUGUUUGGCGUUUUUUUUCUUCUUUCUAAUCUAGAAAUGGUCCAAGUGCCGUUUUAGACAACGGGUACAAACAUACGUAGCAAAUCAAUUUCAUUGCGUUCCAAUUUCAAUUAGAUCAAACUAUAUAGUUUCCAAUUUCCAAAAAAAAAAACAUGGCAUGGUCUUUGGUUUCGUCAUGUUUGACAGUGUUCGCAACACCGAGUUGACAUCGGUUCGAAUCUAUGUUAUUUUUUCGGGAUUCCAUUCGGACGACCGAAUGGAUUAUGUAAUCUGAGUUGGCCUCGAGAAAAACCGGCAUCACAUGAAAUUCAAACAGAAAAAACAUACACUAACAUAACUGAAAAAAAACCAUCUGAAAAUCGAUGUGAUUCAAACGGAACGAACCAAAAACACAUAAAAUCAUUUGUAAUGACUGUUGCGAACACUGAUCUGAAUAAAAUAUCAAAUUUUUUUCCAUUCCCUCGAAAUUAUUUUCCGUUUUGCUUCUCGCAUCAAAUGGUUCUCUAGCUGCAUCAUACAUUUCACCGUACCCAAAAUAAAAAACCACACCUAUUUGAUAACAACAAAUGUCUUUAUGUCUAGUGAAUAAAACAAAAAAAAAACAACCAUUUUAACCAUUUAAAAAAAAAACAUACAAUUAAACUCUUUACAAAUAGUUGAAAAAUUACUAGCGAACGAAAAAAAAACGGGAUAGAAGCAAAAUGAAAUAAUGUGUCAUUUAUUCAAGAAAAUACACAAUCACACACACACUGUAAGUUGAAUAAAUAAAUGGGAGAAGAAGAAGAAAAAAAUUGUAAUCCAUGUCUUAUGCAGGUAUUGACGUCUUCCUAUUGCUACGCUGUCUAUUUACUAUUACAAUUACUAUUAUAUUAUUAAUAUAACGUACAUGAAUAAUGGAAAAUUAAUAUACAUUUACUGAAUAAAAAGAACUACACCAAACCAACUGAAAAUUAUGACGAUAAGUAUGUAACUGUAAAUACACCCACUCACAUUCAUUAAAGAAUUGUACUAUCAACAUGGAAGAGAAAUAGUAUGUAAUAAUAAAACAAUGAGAACAAUGAACACGGAAAUUACACAAUUUUCGAUCUACGAUCAGCAUCAAUUUGACUUCAGCCGAUAUAAAAACAAAACACACAGCAAAAUCAACAACAAAACAUACAGUUUUGUAAUUUAUUGUAUUAACUAUGAAGAAUGAUAAGAAUUAUUACAAGUGUAUUAAAUUGGUGUCAUUGUUUUACUUGAAGCAGCAAAGCAGCACGAGGGGAUAUUUUGAUUUUGGCUGCGAUAGACAAAAGUGAAUCGAUGAAAAUCGUUUUCGUCUUAAUUUGAAUCGAAUUGAAUCAUUUCUAUAUACAAUUUAUGAUUUUGAGUAAUUUUUGGGUGACAUUGAAAUGGUUUCCAUUUGAUGUGUGGUUUCUUGGUGCAGACUGCGCUGCGUCGUUUUAGGGUCGCACCAAAACGUAUACAUUUUCAUGAUUUAGCGGUUUUUCCCAGGCUAAUAUAUUUGAAAAUAUGGCACAGGGUAUGGGGUCAUCUCAUAUUUCUCCAUACAAUAUUAAAUUUGAUGUGGUUUUUGUUUCAUUCGCCGUCAAUCGUCAUCGUUUAAGCGCCCAACGGUUUUUUUGCCUUUUCUUUGACUUUUUCAACGCUUUCGUGGAAUCUCAAAUAGUUACGAGUUACAACUUUGGUUCUUCAUUUCGGUUUCAGCGCAACCGGUCAAUUGAGAAAUGGUGCCAAAAAACCAGACUCACAAAAAACGUUCAUAAAAACCAAUGGUAAUCUGCCAAUCCAAAGUGAUAACAUAAGCCAUAAGCUCAGUGGCCGUGUUCGGUGCUUUUCGCUCUGUGUUCAGUUCUCUCGUUUUUACUGUUGCUAUUUUCGCUUGCGUUCGGUGUCGUCGAUGGAAUGAUGUUCAUUCGUUUUGACUCCACAGUCUAUCUCCUCCAACUAGCCUCGUUCUUUGUCUUUCCGAUGAAUCAUCGAAUUACAUGUGGUCAUGGAGUGAAAAGUGAAGCACCAGCCGAUUGCUCGGCUUGUUUCGAAUAUCUAUCCGUUGUCGAUGUUUUGCCCGUCAUGCAUUUAUGAUUUAUGAAGAACAGAGAACCAUCGAUGAAACGUCUGCGAAUCGAUGAUGCACGAGAACCAAUUUCCGGUCAAUAAAAACAAACUGAUGGCUUUGAAAAUUCCAAUACAAUUCUUUAUAUUUUACACUCAAUCUACGCCGUAUUAUGGACUGGCACACAAUGGUGCGACAAAAAAAAGGGAGAAAGAAAAACACACAGCCGACAGCCGAUCCAAUGGCAAAUUCAGCUUCGUUUCGAUAAUGAAAUAACAUAAAGAUAAACGAUAAACGUACUCCAAGUCAAUAACAUGAAAAUGUGCUCAGCGGUUUUAGAUUAAAUUAGCUGAUGUCAUAUCGGCUGUUGUGGCUUACUUUUUUUUUUAUACAUUCAAGUCACUCGAGUAUCGAUAUCGAUAGCGGUGGUGCCUAUAAAAUAUUGUGGUUUGAAAGAGAGAGAAAAAAACGCCUGGUCUAUUGCCAUUGAAAGCGUCACUCAAUAAAUGAUGGGAUUUUGAUACGGCUAAACGAUUUUAGUCAUCUUCAAUGACUUGCACGCCGUAUAUUUGAACAUCUAGUGAAGAUAGUGAAAAACAGACAGACUGAAUAUAAUAUGCAAAUGUUUUGUCAUUUCAAAACCAUUUCAAAUCGUUGUUCACUUUUUUCUAAUCGAAAGGGAUUUUUGUGGUGUGUGAGUGUGUGUCUGUCUGUCUGUCUGUUUGUAUGUGUUUCUCGUAUCCGAUACUUGUUUCCGCGCACAAGAAAUAUACAAUUUUCAUCUUGUCAAUUCAUUUGAGUGAUUUUCAAAGUGAUGAAAAGCGACAGCUUAUGGAAGAACAGCACCGCCUCGUCAUCAUCUCAUGCUUCUAUCAUGCAACGUUAAUCAAUUGCUGCAGGAGAUGUGUCAUUUAUGUGUUUGUAUUAUGGGUGUUGCUUGCAGCUUACUAAAGCGAUUAUACGAAAUGAAACGAAUACACAAAAACGAGCUGCUGCUGCUGCUUCUUCACGUUGCAGAAUGAACAGAAAGGAAAUUGAAAUUGAAUUGGCAUUUCGAAAGAAUGCCAAGUGGAAAAACUUAUUUGCAAUGGCACACUUACAGAAAAAAACGAACCCGAACGGCGAGAGUGUCCCAAAUCAAUCACGGAAAGUUUUUGGUUUCUCUUUUUUUCUUGUUCGUUUUUUAUUCGAACGCAACAAAAACGAAAAUCGAAAGUAGUUUUCACUUCCUCGGCAGCAGCAGUAGCAGCAGCAGCCAAUUGGAUUUCAAGUGCUGAAAAUUCCAUCCUAAUGCUGUUCGAUUCCGAAAGCAUCGUAUGUUAUAUUCUGGGUCGCGCGCUCGUCCGCUCGCUGAAGAUUCCACCAAGUAAAUCUCGAGACGCAAUCAAAAGAAGAUUGUGCACUUUCAAACUUCGGAGGUACGGGGAGAAAGUGGCGGAGAGAGAGAGAGAGAGAGAGAUAUAUAGAAAAAAAAAGUACGAAGAAAAAAACCGUCGACUGGAUCAUGCCGAGAUAAAGCAUAACUACCUCUUUAGCUACAAAUGGAAAAUAAGGUCGUGAAGUGCUUAACCGCUAAGAAUACAUACAGCAUGCACACCGCUAUUCACAUACACACUCACUCAUUCAGCGUGCGCGCUCGCACUCGCGAGAGCGAACACAAAAUGAAAAAAACAUUACAGAAAAAUCCUAUAUACGGUAAAAUUCUAGACACACUGCUCCAUAUAUUGUCAAAUGGAUAAGCUGCCCGAUUUCGAGCUCGCGAGUUUAUAUAUGUUAUUAGAAAGGCGUCAUGAAAUGUCGACGAAAACAAAAAACCACCAAAUUUCAAGAAGUGAAAAAGUGGUCUUAAGUGUAUGAAUGCCGAGAAAAAAAAAACCAACUCACAUACACACACAUACACACACACAGCGAGAGUAGAAAGGCAACGUCAGAUAAGGCUCGCGCAAAUGAAAAGGAAGCCUGAUAAGAUUUUAUUCACGCGGAUACACAACCAACAGCUUUAGACUUUACGAACCAUUUCCAGAUUACGAGUAAGAAACGAAAAGAAUUAUGGGAAAAAAUAGUACGCGCAACUGAAAGCACAUACGGUAACAACAACGGCAGCAGCAGUGGCAUCACUACCACAAAUCCACGACCAAAAUGCUGCUAUAUGAUAUAUACUGAAUGCUGAAAUUAUAAGAUUGAGAUUUACGAAAUUGGUUUUUGUUCUUGUUCUUGUUGUGUGUGUGUGUGAUCCAAAAUUAUAUACACUCGGCGUUGAGAGCAGUCGGUCGAAAGAGAAAGAGAGGAGCAUCGUUCGUGCAAUAGACUUUUCUCGCAAUAAAGAUUUUCGAUAUCACUUCAUUGAGGCACAAACACUUGAAUCCAACGGUUUUCAAUAAAAUCAACGCGCAAACUCCGUAAUGGAAAUGGUACACUUUCAUUACACUGCUCGUGCACCGUUUAAUUAUUUUUUAUCGAUAUCUCUUCAAUGAUAAUAAAGUUUGAAUCAAUUAAUGAAAACCCAUCAAUUUGGAAAAUAAAACAAUCGCGCGGCGAAACGAAAAAUAGAAAACGACAUUUUGCCCGCCAGAAGCAGCAGUAGCUGCUGUCGCUGUUGCAUUGAUUACACACUUUAUGAGAAUAUUCAACGGCUUGGCUCAAGCAAUUGAACUGACAGAAAAUCAAUUUUAAGUUCACACGUAACGAAACACAAGGAUUUCGCUUGCAAUAUCCUGUUCGAACGUCAAUCGAAGAAGAAGGAGAAAAAAAAUAGUGGCAGCACCAACUACUUCAAUUUGAUAUGUUCCUUCGUUGAGCGAUGAAUUAUCGAUUCAAUAUUCGAAUUGCGUUCAAUUUCGAAGGUACGAUGCAGCUGUGAACUAUUUCGCUGUGUAGACAUACAACGCGCUAUUCGAUACGUCUAUCACGGCUUUUUUUUCACUUGCCACGUUGCGCUCGCACACCAUACACAGGCUAUGAAAUGUUGAUGAUUUGAGACAAGUGAAUAAGCAUUUAACGAGCGUUAUAAACGCUCAACGACGGAGAUUCAUCAGUCUGCUUCAAUAAAUGGAAAAAUAUCUCUUGACAUUAAACACUGGUUCCAGCAUCAAUACAGCUGCAUGAUAUACAUCAAUAAUACGCUCGAUUUUUUAUGAUUGCUUAGGAAAGGAUUUUCGCACGCAGAUAGAACGUUCAAUGACGCUUUUAUUUUGCGCUUGAGCUGGGUUCAUCCCAUCAAUUUAAGUCAGAACAAAAGCACCCUCGUGUAUCCCAUGCCGUUGCAUUAGCAUCGCCGAAGAGAAAAAAAAAAAAAAACAGAUUUCAAAAGUGUUUUUCUUCUGGAAAAUAUGCUUGGCAUAGAAGAAGAGGCCAGCAAAAUUGACGGCAUUGAAAUUGAAGUCAUAAAAUUGGAUAACAAUUACUUGAGUACAUACGUUUUCGGCCCAAUAUAUGACUCUUAUACUUUAUGUGUCUAACAUUAUGGUUAUCCCUUUUGAGUGUUUUUCAAACGAAAUUGGCAUUUUGUGUUAUGUCUUUUUUUUUCGUGCCACCGUCGAUAAAAUGCUGGAUUUAAGAAUAUUGCCAACGCUUUUGUGGAUUUAAAAAGUUUCGUUCUGGCCGCACCAACCGAUUCAACAUUAAAAAUUAACCAUAACAAACUUGUCUCUGGCGGCUGGCACAACAAGACUUUUUUGCUGCUGCAAGCCUCUACACACACAGUGGGGGAGACAUGUUCAGAUAUGGAUCGAGAGCUGUGCAAUUAUUAUCCAGCACUGAGUUUACAUCGGAUUACAAGAGACAAAAUGAGUUUGUAAUCUUAUUUUGGAAAAGUUAUGGCAUCUGUAUAAGCCGCAUGUCUUUCGAUUUUUAUAUUUCAAGUAAAUUUUCUUGAGUGGAUCAUCAUGUCGAACAUGCGAGAGGGAAAAAAAUGAAACCUUUGAACUGACUUAAGUUCGACAGAAUGCUAACACACGAACUUUCAAGCCGUUAGUCUGUCUAAAUUCGAGACUAAUUAAAGGUGCUUACGUAGUGGAUUUUUUUUCUUCAUUAAUUUAAUUAGUUGUCGUCGACGCAGCCAAACUACAUACUGUAAAUGUUAUCAUAUGCCCAAGCACUUUGUGCUCAAUUAAAACCCAAUCAAAUUGACUUUUUCGGUUGUGUCCCCAACUGCACGUGCAAAAUUGAUUUAGUCUCUUGACAACUUGACUGUCUCAUCAUCAUCCAUUUACAUUACGGAUCAAAGGCAACAACAACAACAACAGCAGCAGCGGCGUGUGUCACGCGCGAAUAAAUCGGCGAGACAAAAUCAGGUUUCAUCUCGAUUAAAACCGCCAGCAGCUCUAUUUGUUUAGUCUUCGGCAAAUAUUUAUUAAAGCAUCGAAACACAGUGUGUCAUAGGCAUUGUGCGCGCCGAUUACACAGCUCAUUUGCUUGAAUUAAUUGACAAAUUAUAAUUACAUCGGCUGAAAACGAUUUUGCUGUGUAUUCCAGCUGCAGCUGUGGCUGUAGUAAAAUUUUCAAUACAUUCCACCAGGUGAAUUUAAUCAACAGCCAGUUUAGUUUUACACUGAUUGCAUAGCAGUAAACUAACUGAAAUCAUACGCAACAGACACACACACACAUAGAGAGAGAGAGAGAGAGAGAGAGAGAGAGAGAGAGAGAG